CACACUCCUCUCUCUCUCUCAUAGGCACAAGUCGCAGGUGAGCUCCGCCGCAGCACAAGAAGAAGAGUCAGAAGAAGAAAGCAGAAGCGAGAAAAAUGGCGACGGCGAACAAAGUGAAAGACGUGUCCCCUCACGAGUUUGUCAAGGCCUACGCCGCUCAUCUUAAACGAUCCGGCAAGAUUGAGCUUCCUGAAUGGACGGAUAUCGUGAAGACUGCUACAUUUAAGGAGCUGGCUCCUUAUGACCCUGAUUGGUAUUAUAUCAGAGCUGCAUCUAUGGCAAGGAAAAUCUACUUGAGGGGUGGUCUUGGUGUUGGUGCCUUCCGUAGGAUCUAUGGAGGAAGCAAGAGGAACGGCAGCCGCCCACCGCACUUCUGUAAGAGCAGUGGCGGUAUUGCUCGUCACAUUCUUCAGCAAUUGGAGAAGCUGAAGAUUGUUGACAUUGACCCCAAAGGUGGAAGGAAAAUCACACCCAGUGGCCAGCGGGAUUUGGACCAAGUUGCUGGACGGAUCGUUGUUGCAAUAUGAGACAUCAACUUAAAGGCAUGGUUAUGCGAAAUGAUCUAGAAACUAUUUGCAUUUAAGAUUGAGAGAGACAGAUAUGGGAAGGUUUUUGAUUGUUUUAUGUUGACUGUCACUUUUAUGAAUGAGUAUCCUUGGUUAUUAUUUUUUAUUUUAAUGUGGUAGAGUACUAUGGCCUUCCUAACUGAAGUUUUGUUUAUGAGAACCUAUUCCUACUGUC